CUGCUGCCGCCGCCGCCGCCGCCGCCGCCGCCGCCGCCGUCGCCCGAGGAGGAUCGGGGCCGGGCCGGGCCGGGCCGGGAUGGUCGGGGUCGGGAGGCCGCCGCCGCCGCGGGAGGGAGCGGGCCGCCCAGCGCCGCACUGAGCCGCCCCCGCCCCGCCCCGGCCCCGGGGGAUGCGCCGCCCCGCGCCGCUGCCUUCGCCGCCGCCGCAGCCGCCGCAGCCGCAGCCGCAGCGGACACCGAGCAGGUAGAUGGCCCCCCAAGGGCAAGCCCUGCGGACACCCCUCCCUCCGGCUGGCGGAUGCAGUGCCUAGGCUGCUCUUAAGGACGAAACCAACAUGAGUGGGGGAGGGGAGCAGGCCGACAUCCUGCCGGCCAACUACGUGGUCAAAGAUCGCUGGAAGGUGCUCAAAAAGAUCGGGGGCGGGGGCUUUGGUGAGAUCUACGAGGCCAUGGACCUGCUGACCAGGGAGAAUGUGGCCCUCAAGGUGGAAUCAGCCCAACAGCCUAAGCAGGUCCUCAAGAUGGAGGUGGCUGUGCUCAAAAAACUCCAAGGGAAGGACCACGUGUGCAGGUUCAUUGGCUGCGGCAGGAACGAGAAGUUCAACUACGUGGUGAUGCAGCUCCAGGGGCGGAACCUGGCCGACCUGCGCCGCAGCCAGCCGAGGGGCACCUUCACGCUGAGCACCACGCUGCGGCUGGGCAAGCAGAUCCUGGAGUCCAUCGAAGCCAUCCACUCCGUGGGCUUCCUGCACCGCGACAUCAAGCCGUCCAACUUUGCCAUGGGCCGGCUGCCGUCCACCUACCGGAAGUGCUACAUGUUGGACUUCGGGCUGGCCCGGCAGUACACGAACACCACGGGGGACGUCCGGCCUCCUCGGAAUGUGGCCGGGUUCCGGGGGACCGUCCGAUACGCCUCGGUCAAUGCCCACAAGAACCGGGAGAUGGGCCGCCAUGAUGACCUGUGGUCCCUCUUCUACAUGCUGGUGGAGUUUGCGGUGGGCCAGCUGCCCUGGAGGAAGAUCAAGGACAAGGAGCAGGUGGGCAUGAUCAAGGAGAAGUACGAACACCGGAUGCUGCUGAAGCACAUGCCGUCGGAAUUCCACCUCUUCCUGGACCACAUCGCCAGCCUCGACUACUUCACCAAGCCUGACUACCAGUUGAUCAUGUCGGUGUUUGAGAACAGCAUGAAGGAGCGAGGCAUUGCUGAGAAUGAGGCCUUUGACUGGGAGAAGGCAGGCACCGAUGCCCUCCUGUCCACGAGCACCUCCACCCCACCCCAGCAGAACACCCGGCAGACAGCAGCCAUGUUUGGAGUGGUCAACGUGACGCCGGUGCCCGGGGACCUGCUGCGUGAGAACACUGAGGACGUGCUGCAGGGAGAGCACCUGAGCGACCAGGAGAACGCACCGCCGGUCCUGCCCGGGAGGCCUCCGGACGGAUUGGGCCCUAGUCCCCACCUGGUCCCCCACCCCGGGGGGCCUGAGGCCGAAGUGUGGGAGGAGACAGAUGUCAACCGCAACAAACUGCGCAUCAACAUCGGCAAAACCCCCUGUGUGGAGGAAGAGCAGAGUCGAGGAGUAGGGGUCCCCAGCUCCCCGGUGCGUGCCCCCGCGGACUCCCCAACAACUCCAGUACGGUCCCUACGCUACCGGAGGGUCAACAGCCCAGAGUCGGAGAGGCUGUCUACAGCAGCUGAUGGCCGGGUAGAGCUGCACGAGAGGAGAGCACCAGCUGGGCAGGACUGGAGGGUGUCUGUGGUGGAGCUAGAAGCCAUCUGUAAACUCAAGAGCCAGCUGGUGCCUUUGCCCUGGAUGCAGCAGGAGGGAGCCCCAAAUGGCGUGUCGAGGAUGGAUCUGCCUGGCUCACCCUCACGCCAGGCCUGCUCCUCACAGCCAGCUCAGAUGUUGUCGGUGGACACAGGCCAUGUUGACAGGCAGGCGAGCGGCCGCAUGGAUGUAUCUGCCUCGGUGGAGCAGGAGGCCCUGAGCAACGCCUUCCGCUCCGUGCCGCUGGCUGAGGAGGAAGACUUUGACAGCAAGGAAUGGGUCAUCAUCGACAAGGAGACCGAGCUCAAGGACUUCCCUCCUGGGGCUGAGCCUAGCACGUCAGGCACCACGGAUGAAGAGCCUGAGGAGCUGCGGCCUUUGCCCGAGGAGGGCGAGGAAAGGAGGCGCCUGGGGACAGAGCCUGCCGUCAGGCCCCGUGGACGGGGCAUGCAGACGCUGGCAGAGGAGGACCUGCGGCAGAUGCUGCCCCAGCCGGCACCACCUCAGCUGAGCCAGGCUGAUGGCCGGUCAGAGACAUCACAGCCACCCACGCCUGGCAGCCCUUCCCACUCGCCCCUGCACUCGGGACCCCGCCCUCGACGGAGAGAGUCGGACCCCACGGGCCCUCAGAGACAGUUGGAGGAGGACAGACUCUCGGGGCACUCCCUCCCGCGGUACAGCCCCCUGCGACGACUGGCGUCCUCCGUGUUCUCCUCCUCCACGCUGGAGACGGAGCACUACCCUCACCCCGGCGGCGGCGGCUCCUCGGGCUCCUCCGGCUCCCUCAUUCAGCGCAGCCGCUCGGCCGAGAGCAGCCCGGUGCGCGCGCCCCACCGGCGCCACGCGCCCCUGGCCGCCGGCAACCACAGACUCGUGCCCUCGGUGCUCCGCAUCUCGCGGUCCCAGCUGCAGCAGGUGUUCUCUGUGGCGCCCUCGUUUGAGGUGAAUGGCCUUCCGAGAGCUGUGCCUCUGGGCUUGCCCUACCAGGACUUCAAGAGAGACCUCUCCGACUACCGAGAACGGGCCCGGCUGCUCAACAGGGUCCGGAGGGUGGGCUUCUCCCACAUGCUGCUCACCAGCUCGCAGGCGCCGCUGGCUCCCUUUCAGCCUCAGGCCAACGGGAAGGAGGGAGAAGAGGAGGAGGAGGAGGAAGAAGAAGAAGAGGAGGAGGGGGAGGAAGAAGAGGAGGAAGAAGAAGAAGAAGAAGAAGAUGAGGAGGAGGAGGAGGCAGGGGCCCUUGGGGAGGUGCUGGGGCCUCGAAGUGGCUCCAGCAGCGAGGGGAGCGAGAGGAGCACUGAGCGCAGCCAGGAGGGCGCCCCGUCCACACUGCUAGCUGAUGAUCAGAAAGAGGCCAGGGGCCGGGCCUCCAUGGCUGAUGGGGACCUAGAGCCUGAGGAGGGCUCCAAAACGCUGGUGCUCGUCUCUCCUGGUGACAUGAAGAAGUCGCCAGUCACUGCCGAACUGGCCCCUGACCCUGAUCUGGGCACCUUGGCUGCACUUACCCCGCAGCACGAGCGGCCCCAGCCUACUGGAAGCCAGCUGGAUGUAUCAGAGCCGGGCACACUGUCCUCCAUCCUCAAGUCAGAACCCAAGCCCUCAGGACCUGGAGCAGGGCCUGGGGUUGGGCUGGUGGCCCCUGGGGCCGGGGUCAUAGCUGUCACCUCCUCACCCUUCACCAAAGUCGAGAGGACCUUUGUUCACAUUGCAGAGAAAUCCCACCUCAAUGUCAUGUCUUCCGGAGGACAGGCCUCCAGGCCAGAGGAGCUGAGUGCUGGGGGCGAGCUGGGCCUGGAGAUGCUUUCUGAGGGAGGCAUCGCAGAGCAGGGGCCCCCAGUGCCUCUGGAGAAUGGCGUGGCUUUGUCAGGGCUGGACGGGACUGAAACGGAAAGUUGCGCCCUGUCAGGCCCUCCCGGGGAAACACCCUCAGAUGUGGUCACAGACUUAUUACCCCAUGGCCCAGCCCUUGCUGAUGGGCCAGUCCCCGCAUCCCCACUGGAGCCCAUCGCCAAGAAAGGGACCACCAUCUCUCCCAGCCGCCAUGCCCUCCCGGGUUCUCGCCCCAGGAGCCGGAUUCCUGUCUUGUUGUCUGAAGAGGAUACAGGCUCAGAGCCUUCGGGCUCGCUGUCGGCCAAAGAGCGGUGGAGCAAGAGGGCGAGGCCACAGCAGGACCUGGCUCGGCUUGUGAUGGAGAAGAGGCAGGGGCGCCUGCUGCUGCGGCUGGCCUCAGGGGCCUCGUCCUCUUCCAGCGAGGAGCAGCGCCGGGCCUCGGAGACACUCUCAGGCACAGGCUCUGAGGAGGACGCACCUGCCUCCGAGCCCACGGCAGCCUUGCCCAGGCGGGCCUUGACCACCCGGAGCCGGAUUCCCCGCCCCAUCAGUGUGUCCACAUCUACAGAGAGCCAGCAGCUUCCCGGCAGACCUCAAGGUGCGGCCUCGUCUGACACGGCCAUCACCAGCAGGCUCCAGCUGCAGAAGCCCUCAGGGUCGGCCACUGCUGUUGACCUCCGUCCCAAAAAGUCCACCAGCCGGGGUCCAGGCCGCGCCCAAGUCUCCAGGCCUGCAGCGCCGCCCCGCAGCUCCGGCCUCCCCGCCUCCACCGCGCGCCACCCCGGCGGGUCCUCGCGGAGCCAGUCCCUGUCCCGCAAAGAGAGCUCCUCCCCCUCGCAUCAAGCCCGGACCGGUGUCCUCCCACCCCGGGGGGUCCUCCAAGCUAGAUCUCAGCCCGAGGUCUCCCCGGGGGGCCCCAAGAAAGGACCCAAAGGGAAACAACUGCAGACUCAGCGCGCAGCAGCCAAAGGCCGGGCGGCGGUCUCAGAGGGCCGGCUCGGGACCAGAUAAUGGCACCCGCCCGCGGCUCUCUGCGGCACCCCCUACCCUCGCCCCGGUCCCCACCCGCAGCCGGCCACACUGGAACAGCUCCCAGCACAGCCUUACGCGCCCGCGCGCCACCGCGGCCCUCGCUUCCCGCCUGCACUCACCAGGACGCACGAGAGCACACGUUGUGCCCAGCAGCCAAGCCAGCCCACUGACCCAGGAGGGUGCGUGUCUCCGGUCCUCUCUCGGCGUCCUCCCUCCGUCCUGCCGCCCCUCUGCAGGGACGGGCUCACAGCACAUCCUUUGCCCCGGGAAGGCUCAGCCACUUACACCACCGCCACCGAAGACUCCGCUUCCGGAGCCAGUCCCCCUUCACGCACCAGAUCUUGCCUGAUCUCUAGCCCCUCCCACCCAAGGGGCUUACAUUUGCUUAACACCUCGAGCGGCCCACCUUGUCCUCAUCCCUGUCUUCUUGCAGCCAACCCCCCAAACCUACCCAACAGGAGAAAACAGCCUCAAAUUCCAGAUUUGUGCAGGCUCUGGCCUGCCCAGUCUCCUAGGAGCCAUGGUGGCAAUAGAAGGCCAAGCUGGGAUCGGGGAAGUGGGACCCAGGGAUCAUUGGUCUAUUUAGGCUGAAGGGAUAUCUCUGGCCUUGGUAAAGUCAGCUCUAUGAGGUACAGAGAAUGGGAUUCUUUGCUCCCUGUGUCUCUGGGGAACAGAAAUCCCUUUCCUGAACAGGAAUGAGCUGGGCCUCUGGAAGCUAGGCCUUCCUGGGCAAGUGUUCCGUAGAGGGAAUUUGGGCUGGGGCUUUAAAAUGGCUACUCACUUCUCUGGUCCUCUGGCCUAGUACUCAGGACCCGUUACCAUCAGGAAUUCCUUCCUGCUCUCUAACCUCAAUCCUGCAUACUGCAGUUCCAGCCAGCUCUCCUCUCUCUGCGAGUUCCUCACAGGUGGGGAGAGGCUGGGUAUCACCUUCCUGUGUGUUGCUCAUUUGGGGGUUCAGGGACUCUGCCCUGGCCCUUGUCAUCCUUCCUUGCCAUCUCUGCUGUGGGAAGAGGCUGGCUCAGGCACCCUCCCAACCCCAAGUGGGCAGAGGAAGCAGGAUGAGGCAGGCUGGGCUCCCUGAGGCGGAAGGCCCUUCUCACUUUAGGUUGUACAUGAUGCCAGCUGGUGCCCUCCCUCACCCCACCCCAAGUCACCCUGGGCCCCUCUUGCUCUGACACAGCCCACACAUGCUGAGCUGCUCUGUGCCUGGCACAGGGCCUCUUCCUCCUCGUUCUCUUCCUCCUCUGGAGUUCUGGCUUCUGCAUAGCUCGCCCACCUCAUCAGGAGCCUCAGCUGCUAACAUCUAGGGCAAGCAGCAACCUGGCUACAGAAGGGGCAGGCACUUCCCACAGGCCUCCUAGAAAGCACUGGCAGCCUCCAUCCCCUCUUCUGGCCCCUGUCCCCUCCCCUGAGCCACAGAGAGCAAACUGAGACCUUCAGAUGAAGGAAGGCCUCUUGUGCCAGCGGUCCCGCCAAAACUACACCCAUGAUGACUGGCCGGGAGCGGCUCAGUGCCAGCUAAACUCCUCAUGGAGAGCCAGCAGGUCUGGGCAGUUGCUUCCAUGCCAAGAAGGCAGCUCUACAGACCAGCCAGGGGAGGACGCCAGGGUGGAUAGCCUUUGAGGUCUGUCCCACUUGGACCCAAACGCUCCCAGAACACUCAGGAAACCUCUCUGGAUUCAGUUAUCUUUGUCACCCCCAAGGCCCUCAAGUCACCCCCCUAGCCUAGCAGACGGGUGGAGGGUUCACUUCCUCCCGCCUGGAGCUUUUAUGAAUGACAAUCAGCUCAUGCCAGGUGGGGACCAGGGUGUGACCCCAGUGCCUGGGGCCCUGGGUCUGCUCCUUGCCACCAACCGAACUGUGAAUGUAGGCCUUCUUGGUCUCACUUCCGCCGUAAGGACCAACACCACCCUAGUUUGGAGAUGGGAGGAAGGGGAGGCCUGAGAAAGCCCCAGGCUCAACCCAACCCCCAGCUCCCCCCCCCCCCCCCCAGUGCUUGAGCUGCUACAGAUGCAAAACCUAAUCGACUCUUGGGAUUCCAGACCUCCACAGGGCUCCAACUGACCUCAGGCCUCUGAGUCAAUAGCAUCAUCAGGCUAGGAGGAAUUAGGGACAGAGGACCAGUAGAGGUGGGUGCUGAGGGGAAGGAAGCAGGGCAUCGGGAGCCACACCUCCCCAUGCCCCCACCCCCACCCCGGAGCUGCAGCCUUUCCCCAAGACUCAUCCCCUGCGCUAGGCCCCUGAGGUUCCUCUUCCAGAAGCACCAUCACCCCUCAUGUCCCCAUCCUGACUGCCCUUGUCACUGGCUCAGAAGUGGGGCGUGCUCACCUUAAUGCGCCUUCCCCCUCGCCAGCAGUACCAUGUGCAGAGGGGCGCAGGAGAAGGGCCCUGCCCCAGCCACAUGGCCCUCUGGCUUCCCAGCUCUGCCCCAGGGGCCUGGCUUGCCCAGUCUUGUGAGCCCCUUGGGCAGGCGUUUCUGGGACAGGGAGUUGCCCUUGCCCUCCUUGGGAAGCAGCAGAAGAAUGUUUACAUGCCAAACAGAAUGUAACAACCCUUGCCCACCCCAUCCCAGUCACUGCAUGGCCUCUGCCCACCCUGCGGCCCGCCCACUCCCGUGACACCAACACCUUGCAAGACGCUGUCACAACUAGAUGGGGUCUCAGAAGGGAAGUGGCCAUCACACCAUUAAAAAGCCUGUGGACCUUUCUGUUGGCCUGGACUCUUUUUCCCUCUAGGGAGGGCAGGGCAAAAACCCGGCCCCUGAGGGUGGGGGUGGGCAGGAGAGAAGCUACAGGAGGGUGCCAAGUGGGCACAGAGGAAGAGCAGGAAGCUCUGGUCUGGUUUAGUUAAUUUGUUCAGCGUCUCACACAAGGAAAGGUUGUCCUAGCAAAGCUUGUUCCGGGCUCCUUGGUUGUCUUUGCUGACAGCUGUGGACUCUGUUUGGCCUGGCGCACAGGGAAAGAAAGAAGCAAAACUAUCAUUGCCCUAAAGGAAGCAGAAAGAAGCAGAAAGCGUAGCAGCUCAGGGGCAAAGCCAUCAUAAAAGCCACCCCGGCCUGUAGCCCAGGCCUCCGCACUCCCACAAGUGUGUCCUGUGGCCACACUUGUGAGUCAGAAGCGGAGUCUGGUCUACAAAUCUGAAACACAAGAAGUUCUGAAAACAGAGUUUUCUCCUUAGAUGGGUAUGCGCUCAUUUGGUAUCAAAAUCCAAAGGGAAAGCCAGGCUCUGAGGUCUCAUGCCUGUAAGCCUAGUAGCGGAAGGACCUAAAGCAGGGGGAUUUUUGAGAGUUCAAGGCCAGCCUAGGCUAAAUGUUCAACUGUCUCAAAAAAGAAAAAUAAAAGCCAUGGCAAACUGUUUAUAUUUAUUAAUUUCACUUAUACAUAUUUUCAGUAGAAUGAAAAAAUUUUGAGACAAGUUCUUUCCAGGUAGCCCAGGCUUGGUUCCAAUGUGUCAUCCUCCUGCCUCAAA